CCAAGGCUUCAACCUGACCGUUACGGUGGCCUUACGGAACACCGUCCUCGCUUGCUGCUCAGUACGGACAUGAGCUUGGUAGAGUGGACCUUUCGGGGAUUAAACCGACAUCAUACUUCGUACGGGACCAACAAAAACAAGAAGUCGGUAAUGCGAUAUUCUUUGCUCAUUUUCUUUCCGAAUCGCUGCAGUCGAUUCCACAGACCUGCGAUCCACCGCAAUGGAGGGCAAAGGCCGCGUUCGAUAUGGAUCACGGAUGGGUAGGUUCAUGCCCCAUGGGUCAGGUCGGGAGCAAGACACGACGUUGGAAUGGGGGCAACGGCCGAACCUCGGACGGCAACGCUGUGCCUCUCUAUGCAAGGUACGAGAUCUCAAGCAUCGGCCUGCACUGGUCUUGACAAGACGGCAAACCGGCCUUGUUGCGCGGUGGAGGGAGCCGUCGGCGGGAUGUUGUCCAUGGAUGAUGGACCAUGGUUGUGGCUGUUUGAUCAUCCUGCUAGAAUACGACGCACGCUACCCCGAGCUUUCUGAAACUCCAAGCCAGCAGAUGCCAGCUGCACGUCGCCAGCCUCGAGCCCGAACAGCCUCCCAACUCCCCCCGCCGAGUACGCAGUAUCCGUACACUAAUCACUGUGUAUCCGUAGAGUUCGCCUUUGUCUUCGGCAUGGGCGAGGAUAAUGGUUGUAUUGUUGGUCAGUCCUGGCAAGGCAAGCCCACGCUAGAACUAUGUCGAGGUCCAGGUCCGGGUCUUGAGAAGACGACGACCAGCUAUCCCACCUCGCCUGAUCGUCCCGCUACCCUGGCCGACCUCAGUGCGUUCGGUCAGGAUGGGAGAGUUCAUGUUGACCGCUGUCGACCUCCCGCACGGCCGGACAUCACCCGCUUGUCUGGGAACUGUCGUCUAUCGCCCUCCCUCCCCUCGAGUUGCACUCUCCUAUCCUCUCCCACCCGUAUCCGUACGGAGUACAUGCCACGGCGAGGAGAGGCCGUCGAGGUGAUGGAAUUCACGGUUCGGGGUCUCGGACUGGAGUUGAAGUCGGGCAAGCGACGAGGACGGAGACAAGGCCUAAAUAGGAAGCUCUUCCGCUGGGUCGAAUGCCAUGAUACCAUCUGCAAAGCCCCUCCGUAAUCUUAAAUGUUUACCGUCUUCUGCAUUCUUGGUGGUCGCGGCAAACAAAAGAGGGGCAUCGGGAAGCUCUGGAAGAAUCAACGACGAUCAUUCUCCCCCCUGACAGGCGCAUCCUGUCCCGCGCGGACAG